AUGUUGAUCGGUAUAUCAGGGACCCUUAGUUCGGGGAAAACGGAAGUGGCGCGAUACUUGACUUUUCAAGGGUUUAAAGUGUUGCAUUAUCAACCACUACCUGCGGAAAUACCAGAUGAAUUGAAUGCAUACACACCAGAGUCAGAGGAUAUCAACUACGAAAUGGAGCAACUCGCGAUCAAACAGUAUUCUAAUAUGGAGAAUUUCAAAGUGUUCAAGACAUUGGAUAGUUUGUUGGAGUUUGUUACUGUCAAUUGGAGAGAUAAUUAUGUCAUUUCUCAUAUUGAAGAUAUCAACAUGUUGAAAGCAUUGCAAAAGCGUCCUUUUUUCCUCCACAUAUCAAUCGAUGCACCAUUGAGUUUGAGAUAUAAGAGAUAUGCAAAGAAGAAGCAGACUUUGGAAGAGUUUGUUCAGCAUAAUGAUGAUACUUUGUUUAAUUCGAAGUCACCAUUACUCGAAAUCAACAAUCAAGCACAAGUCAAGAUUAUCAAUACAUCGACAUCGAUCAAGGACUUGUUCAUCAAAUUGUCCGAAUUGAACCUACUUGAUCCAUCGAGAUUACGUCCAACUUGGGACUCUUACUUUAUGCGACUUGCCGAUUUAGCUGCCCUUCGUUCAAAUUGUAUGAAGCGUAGAGUAGGAUGUGUCAUUGUGCGAGAUAAUCGUGUCGUUGCAACAGGUUAUAAUGGAACUCCAAGACAUUUGACCAAUUGUAAUCAAGGCGGUUGUUUGCGUUGUAAUAAGGGACAUGGAAGUGGUGCUUCAUUAUCAACUUGUCUUUGUUUGCAUGCCGAGGAGAAUGCGUUGUUGGAAGCUGGAAGGGAUAGAAUUAGAGAUGAUAGUGUAUUGUAUUGCAAUACGUGCCCAUGUUUGACUUGUUCAAUCAAGAUUGUACAGAGUGGGAUUCGAGAAGUUGUUUAUGCUCAGAGCUACUCAAUGGAUCAGGAUAGUCACCGAGUCAUGAGUGAAGCAAAUAUUACAUUACGACAAUACCAACCACCAAUAGAUGGAAUAUUCAUAUAG